AUGCCUCGUUCUGUACGCGCCCCGCUUCGGCAGGUCAAUGGCUCCGAUGGAGAAUCGGACCAGGAAAUAAGCCAGUACGCAUCACCAGCAAGCAGACUCCGAGCUGCCAUGAGCAGACUUGGUCCUUCAACUCCUCCUGACCGACGGAUUACGACCGCCUCUGAAUCCGACUCGGACUUGAACCCCGUCUUUUCCGCCCGCAAAAGCCUCAAGGACGUGUUUUCGCGUGCAAUGCGGGAUAACGACGACUCUCCAGACUCUAAAUUAUCAUCCUUACCGCCAGACGCUCAGGUCGUUGACGACGAGAGCCAGGUCUCAGACAGCGACUUUCAGGUAUCAUCACAAGGAACCUCUCUCCAAUUACUACGCCAUCGCCUCGAAAUCCCCGAAAUGUCAUCACGGAUGGACGUGUCAAGCUCAAUGGCCAAACCUGGUAGAUCCCAAAAGUCGUUGCAUCAUCUGUUGCAAACCGCCCAAGAUGAAUCCGCUGCUCAAGACAAUGAGUCAGUCGAUACAGCUCGAGCCGACCCACCAAAGGAUGAAGAUGAGGAGCAAAAUAUCACAGAAGACCAGGUGAACACGCCCGCUAAUCGCUCAAGGGCUCACAUCGAGUUCCACACACCGAGCCCACCCUCAGGCAUACCAGAUCUACCUGCUCCUCCAAAGUCUGACGAUGACGACUCAUUCCUACAUGUAGCCAACAAAACCCCUCGCCCACCUGGAGGUUGGUUCACCCCGGUUCGACACGCCGAAAAUAGUCAGCUUGCAAGUCCUUCCCUUGUUGGUCGAACUCCUGCACCUCCUGGAGCAUGGCAGGCUACUCCCGUACCCUCAGAAACGAGGAAGAGCGGCUACAAGGUUCGGUUCAGUGAAGAGAGCUUUUCCAAGCCCCGACCUUCAGAUGCCACCGCGCAUGAAGGCAAUCAAUCUUCCGAGCAAAGGAUCACGCUGGUCGACAGUUUCGGUCGUGAGCUGCAAGAGGAGAAUGACGGAGAGGAUGGGGCCAUCAAGAUUGUGGACAGUCUCGGCAACGAGAUCGAGCGAUCCUUGGCUGCAGAGAUGUCCGAAGCUUUUGACCAGAACGAACCGGUGACUAUCGAAGGGGUUCAGAGCAAGAUUAGCGACAUUCGUCAGGGUUUGCAACAAGUAGAGUCCCGACAGACCAUCUCACACCAUCGGCGAGUCGUAAAACAGCGGGCUAUUCCCCACGAUCGCAUUCUAGAAUUGGCAAUGGGUUCGCGAGAGGCUCGAAUUGAACGAGAAAAGUUACUGCGACAAAGCCACCUUGUUCGUGCCCGCACCGAGGAGUUGGCAACACUCGUCAACAACCUGAAGCCCGCCGUCGAGACUAGCGUCCCAGCAUCUGUGAGCCGUCACGUCACAUGGAGGCCGAGCCGAACAUUCAUCAUCUGGAUGCUCUUGUUCGACCUCGUUUUAUUUUACAUCAUAUACUUUUUUGCCCGCGCAUAUAUUCAACACUAUUUCCUGACCAGCCAUUAUGAUCCGGCAUUCGCCAUGGUUGAUCCUUCGAGACUACAUGGCUAUCCAUUCCUACAAACAAUUCUAUUACAUGGCCAUUGGCGCAAGUUUGUGACGCAGUCAUCAAACCUUUUGGGCAACCCCAACGGACUUCUGCCAUCCGUUCUCUCUCUUCCCCUUGAUCGUGUUGUUCGUGAUUUACCGUCCUGA